GAGCUUUUGAUACAGAUCCCCACUUCGCGCUGUUUCCUGAUGCAACAUGAUCCGCCGGCGCCUUUGGGUGCUGGCACUGGCAUCGGCUUGGUGGAUCCGAAGUGCCAGCUUCGUUGGACCCGCCCGAGGUGUCCACGGCCAUCCAUCGGGUCCGGGUUUGGCACGCGCGGUGGAACUGGAAGUGGAAGUGGAAGUAGGUGCAAAAGAGGAACCAAAAGAGGCAAAAGCAGUGGUUGAGGAGGUCUUGGCGGGGGUGAGUGUGGCCUUCUCGCUGCUGUCCAAGGCCUUGGCGUGCAGCGCCAUUGUUGGCACGGGGCCUUUGGUGGGUCUUUGGUCCUGCGUGGCCCUGGGGCUUGCCAGCAUCGCCGGCAUGCGCCCGGGGGUGGUGGCCGGGUCUGCAGCUGUGGUGGUGGUGCCUCUGGGCGGCUUCGUAGCCCAAAACGGGGCCCACGGCCUGGCGCUGGUGCCGCUGGUGGUGACGCUGGCCGCGCUGCUCCAACUCUGUGCCGGCGUCCUCGGCUUGGCCCGGGCCGUGGAUUUGGUCUCCAAAGAGGUGCUCGCGGGUUUCCUCAACGCACUGGGCCUCGCACUCCUCGUGUCCCAACUUGGAGCCAUGGCCACUCCGCAGGCGGCGGGCCUCGCUUUGAUCUGUGCUGCGCUCACACAGCUCCUGCCCUCCGCACCCGUGCCAUCCUCCCUGGUCGGCCUUGCCGUGGCCUGUGGCGUCGGCGUCGCGCUCCACUUUGAUGUGCCAACGCUGGCUGAGAAGGCUAAAGACCCCGUGGCUUUUGCCGGGGGGCUGGCAGCUCUUCCCCAUUUUCAGCUGCCCCAGCUGCCAUCCAUCGACGACAUUUCCAUUGCUUUGCCCUGCGCGGUGUCCAUAGCCUUUAUUGCCCUGCUUGAGACGCUGCUGGCUGCACGUGUGGUGGAUGACCGCAAGUGCGAAGAGCUUUGCACGUUUUUCUACGAUGAGAGCGGCGAGUUGGUCAUCACCCCGGAUGGAGAGGCGGCCCCAGUUGACGUACCCACAUCGACUGUUCUGUCACUGGCGGCUGGCAACGGCUUGUCCGUCUUGUUUGGUGGGUUUGGCGGCUGCGGCCUCGUCCCGCAGACUGUCUUGAAUCUGAACUCUGGCGGAGGAGGGCCAAUCUCUGUUGGAUCCUAUGCGGUUUCGAUGGUUCUGUUCGCCGUGGUCCUUGCACCAAUUGUUGGCCAGAUCAGUGUGCCUGCUUUGGCCGGCAUCAUGGUGGCGGUGUCACUUGACACCAUGCAGUUUGGCCCGACACGUGACGCUUUCAAGGCGGCCAUUGCCAACGAGGAUGCCCGCAUGCGGUUCGGAGUGCUGGUCGCCACAGCAGUCCUUUGCUACCAGGUCGACUUUGCAGUUGGCAUUGUGAGCGGCGUUCUUCUUGAUCGAGCAACCAGCCCGGGAGGUAUAUUUGCCAACACCCAGGAAGCACGCUGAAAGAUCUGAAAGAGACAUUGACGCAUGUCACCGCGUGGUCAUCCAUCUGACAACGUUAUGUGCAUAAAUGAUGUUCAGGCCUUGAAGGGCGCUUGCAGCACCAAGGCCGUGCUUCAAUGCACUGGUCUGAUCCAGCUUCAUUGGUAGUAAUGAGACUUUCAGGCCGUUCUGAGUGAAACAUGUGCCUCAAAAAGCGGGGCUCGUUUCAACAGCCUUUUGUUACAUUGCUGAGAGCCGCCAC